AGUUUUCUAAAGUUUGCAGUCUUUCGGAAUAAACAGCAAACAGCUUGUAAAGAUUUCUCUCAAUGCCUAGAAGCUGAGUGAGCUUGCAAGGGAGCCCUAGCCAGGUAUGAUGGCCUUAUUGGGAAGUCCUGGAAUACAAAAGCCAUUGAGCCUUGCAACAGAAACAGGUGUGUCUGUGUGUUGCCGCUUCCUCUCUCUCUUUUCCAGCAGGGCAUAUGAUUGCCAAGCCCUUCCUGAUCGGCUUUAUUAACUUUAGAAUAGUUGAUGAUUCUUCUGCAGUGAUGAGUGGAGCUACCUGCCAAGCUGGAACAGGCUUCACCUUUGACGUCCAGUUGGGUGUGUCUGUGGAUAUUUUAAGCUUUGCUUGCAAACAGCGUCUCAGAGAUAACUGAGAGUAGCGGAGCUGUACUAACUACAGCUAUUCAGCCUGUACAGAAAUGGAUACCAAAUCUUCAGGACCAGCUCCCGUCGGCACAGCGCCUGAAAAUAUUCCUUCUGGAGUGGAUGUUUUCAGAACCAUACCGUAUGCCUUGAUUCUGCCAGAGCUGAUCUUUGGCUGCUGGGUCUGGAUCCUCGUAGCGGCUACCAAUGUGUACUUCCCUUUGCUGCAGGGGUGGGUCAUGUAUGUCUCCCUCACUUCCUUUCUCAUCUCGCUGAUGCUUCUAAUGUCCUACCUGUUUGGCUUCCACAAAAACUUCGCCUCCUGGAGAAUCCUGGAUAGCCUUUACCAUGGAGCUACUGGCAUCCUCUACAUGAGUGCUGCAGUCCUUCAGGCCAAUGCAACCAUCCGCUCGGAGACAGAAGUGCCCCCGGAGUCUUCGCCCCUCUACUAUCAGCUCAAUGCUGCUGCUACGUUCUUUGCAUUCAUCACCACGCUGCUGUAUAUUCUUCAUGCCUUCAGCAACUACUACCAGUGAAAACUGCCAGGAACGUAUAUAACAUAAGGCCUAAUUUUCCCUCCAUGGAAUCUGUGUCCCAAAACAAAUUCACAUUUGCGUAAGGACAGAGCCCAGUUGAAAUUGUGGCUGUUCAUCACCUAGCGGCACCUUCUCAUUUUAGGUGAAAGAGAUAUUGGGUUUUAUUUCAACCUGCCAUUUCACUCAAGCUGUGUUGUGUAAGAAGCUGCAGUAGAAAUUCUACCACCCAAUCCUUGAUAAUCACCGUUAUCCACAGUCAUAGUCUGUUCCCCAGAGUUUGUGCCUUGGAAAACCUGUGUAAAUAAUACACCCAUUUUUCUAAAUCAGUGUGUGUUUGUGGGGGGUUCUUCUUCAAAGUACUUGUACCGUUUCCAAACCAACUCCUCUGCUGAUGAAGCUGGGUAUAUCUGCUCUGAAACCCUCGCACGUUGCAGAGGAUUCUGGGGUAUUUUCUAGGUGAGCACAGAUGAUAAGAGGCACUGGCCGCCGAGUCUGUGGAGCCCCACCAUUGCCCAGCUUAAACUCAGAAAUGUGCUCUCAAAUGCGUCUCACAAUCUCCCGCCUCUGCGUGCCACAGGAAACAUGGGUGGCAGCGGGCAAACUGUCUUUCAGGGAGGCUUGUCUGUGACUAUAUUCUUCUGACUAGGUUCCUUUGAGAAGCUUCCAGAAAUUCCAGAGCUUCCCCGAAGAACCAUUUGAAAACUAUUCCCUCAGGCCAUUUGGAUAAAACCAUGUUUGGCCUGACAAUGACCGUCACAAACAAAUGAAUACCGUUGUCCAGGUGACCAUUAAGAAAGAUUCAUGUGUUACAGUGGUGCCUCGCAAGACGAAAUUAAUCCGUUCCGCGAGUCUCUUCGUCUUGCGGUUUUUUCGUCUUGCGAAGCACGGCU